AGGUAUCGGCAGGAGAGGUUGCCGUACAGCAAGAUGGCGGCGCGCAGUGUGGGCGCGCUCCUUGCAGCUGUAAAACUGCUUAACGAGCAUCGGUCGCACAGACAGUUCUAAGGCUCCUAUGCCUCAGUUUGCACAGAAACAAGAAACCAACUUGCUUUCUCAAAAAUGAGAGUCUCCAGAAAUACAUAAGAUGCAUAAAAACACGAUUGCCUUGCUCAGCAGCACGUGAAAACUGCUCGUGUUUUUGCUCCUGCAUCUGGUGACACCAAUUCUAAGACUGUACUAUUUGUUGUGGUACCACAACACAUUCUAACCCACUAAUGGAGUGAUCUUAAGAGUAGUUUUAUACUAGAUAAAGAGCUAUAAAAUCUAUCUGCUGUCAAAAAGACGAAGUAAGGAUCCUGCAGAGCAUAAUGGGGAAGCCGGGUGAAGGCAGAAGUUCCUGCCGAGCGGUUGGUGUGUCCUGCACGUGCGUGGAAAUGCCUUCCACAAGAUGGGCACUGUAGGGCUGAACAGUGGUAAUUCUGAACUCAGGAAAAAAAGAGUCACUAGAGAGUCAUCAAGGGGCCAAAAAGAGAAGGGUUUGCUCCAGAGGUGAGCGUGAAGACCCGCUCCACUUCCUGGGAAAGGGUGUUUCUUCCCCUGCUGGAAAGGGGCUCUAGGAUGUCCGUGGUGCAGCGGCUGGGAGCAGGGUGGCUCCUGGAUCACCUCUCCUUCAUCAGCCGCUCCGGCUACGAGACGCACGGCUCCCUCGUGCAUCCUCCUCGAGGUGCUCUCCAUCCCUGUGACCCCGCUGCCCAUGCGACUGCCUGCGCGUCGGGGGAUGAUCCCGCGCCUGGAGGCGCUGUGGAACUGGAAGGCAGAAGAGGAAAAACUAGAUACGUGUUUCGGGAAGAGUUCUUUGAUGUUUUCAAGCCGCACAUAGAGGCUGCCGCUCCGGAGCGGCUGUGCCAGGGCGGCUUGAAUGGGAUCCCCACGGACACGGGCGGCAGCCGGCUGGAGCAGCAAGGAGGAGCCCGCGCUGACGCUGGAGAUCGUGAUGCUGGCGCGAGGAAGAAACGCAAAAGGAAAUGUGUGUUCAACCAGGGUGAACUGGAUGCGUUAGAAUACCACACAAAGAUAAGGAAGCUGAUUUGGGAAGGCACUUUGCAUUUAGUCCAGGAAGGACUGAAAAGUGGGUUUCUUCACUGCACUACUGCAAAACUCGAUUGCAGCAAGAAUGUUGUUCCAGGACCCAUUGGCUGUGGGUUGGCUGAGUUAUGUGAAAGAGCAAAGCAGUUUCCAGCUAUCAAUGACAGUGACCAUGAAGCUAUACGAGCAAUAGAUGAUGAAACCUUCAUUUCAGAGCAGGAUCUGCAUUCAUGUGUUAUCGAAAACAACUCAAGCUGUGCAAAGAUGAUUAUGUUAAUGGGCCAGAAGUACUUGGUGCCACCCAGAAGCAGUUUCCUUUUAUCCGAUAUUUCAUGUUUACAGCCACUGCUGAAUUACAAGAAAAAAUAUGAUGUAAUUGUGAUGGAUCCACCAUGGGAAAAUAAAUCUGUUAAAAGGAGUAACCGAUAUGGCUACUUGUCUUCAUGGCAGAUCAAGCAGAUUCCUGUGUUGGCUCUAGCUGCUCCAAAUUGUCUCGUAGUCACGUGGGUGACUAAUAGACAGAAGCACUUAAGGUUUGUUAAGGAAGAACUUUAUCCUCAUUGGUCUGUGAAAACACUUGCUGAGUGGCACUGGGUAAAAAUUACCAGAUCUGGAGAAUUUGUAUUUCCUUUGGAUUCUUCCCACAAAAAGCCCUAUGAAGUUCUUGUAUUGGGGAGAGUUCAAGGAAGCGUAGAGGAAGCCUUAAGGAAAUCUGAAGAGGUGCUUCCAAUUCCAGACCAUAAGUUAAUUGUCAGCGUACCCUGCAGUCUGCAUUCACAUAAGCCCCCUCUUACUGAGGUUCUGGCAGAAUUUGUCAAGCCAGAUGCGGAACGCCUGGAGUUGUUUGCUCGCAACCUGCAGCCUGGUUGGACCAGCUGGGGGAAUGAAGUUCUGAAGUUUCAGCACAUUGAUUAUUUCACUGUUCUGCAGGAUGAAAACUGACUGGAGUCUUUCAGCUUAACUCGGAAAUUUCCUUCCUUUCCCCAGCAUGCACUAGAACUUGCUUUUGUUACUGAUAGUGCACUGGGAGGGUAAAAAAAAAAGAAGGUGAAACCUGUUGCGUUUCAGUUAAAAUUUUUGAAGUGGCAGAAUAUUUAUACUGUCUGUGUUUGUACAAGCUGUUCAUUUAUUCUGACUUUAGUAAAAUAGUCAAUUAAUGAUGUUAGAGUGCAAGACCAUCUCUGAUUCCAAACUUCUGGAAAAAAUAAAAACAAAACUAUGUUCUAUAUUCUCAUUGCAGCUGUCACAAAUCUGAGCAUCAUAAGUGUUCUAGUAUCAUGCUUGAGUGGCAAUGCAUUAUUUUUAAAGCGUGACAGGAGAAGUAAAUAGUUCUAAAUUGGAUAUGUUUCCCCAAAGAAGGUUGGUGUUUGCAAAGCAAUGGAUUUUGAGCAAAAAUAAUUAUAAAGACAGCAUAUCCUCCUACAUGUUUGUCUCUGUCUACCUCUGAAUAAAUAACAGGAACAGUACUUGUGUUAAUUGGCACAUGAAUUGUUGGCUGAGCACAUUUUGUAUAAAAUUACACUUUUAAAACUAUGAGCAAUUCAGCUUACAAAUUCUACAUAUUAAACCAUUGUCUUUAACUGAAAUUUAAUAGAAUUUAAAUAUGUUAUAAUUUCUGUUUCAUUACUUUCUUGAAAGAUUAAGUCAUGCAAGUGAGUCCUAUGUUUUAACUCACUUUUCUUUUUAACUUUAAGGUGCCUUUUAUAUGUUCUUUUAGUUCUUAAAUGUAUUUUGAGACUUGUGAAGCUCUGGCUGUUUUUCAUUUGCAGACAUAGAAACAGAAUUGGUGAACAAGCUGAGCUGUGAUUGUUUAUAAUGGGGAACAAAAUGCAUUGUAUGCUUUUUUUU